AUGGAAAAGCUCAAAAAAUCCUUCAAAUCCCCCCAAUCCAGCCCCCAGAAAGAAGAAGAACUCCAAAAUCUGCUUCUUCACCAAAAGCCCAUCACUGUAGAUAACAUUAACAGUGGUACUAACUCCGCCACCUUUGCUGUCGGCACCGCCUUCACUGCUAUGACUUCAUCGUCAUCCACCUCCUCUCCUUCCCCUCCUAAAGACGUUAUCGUCAAAAUCAAUGGCCAAGAUUCCUUAAAGGAACCCACUAAAACCAGCGAGAAUACUAGUACUAAUAAUGCGGGUAGAAUGUGGAGGGACUCGAGUUACGAUUUCUCCAACGACGCCGUUAUGAGAGCUGCUGCGAACAACAAGGAUUUCGAUUUCGUAACUGAGUCUCCGUUAUCUCGUAUAGCUGAGAGUCCGAGUACCAACUACGGCCAGUUGACGCCGAAGGAAGUCCGGGUAUCGUUCAACGACAACAAGGCAGAGACAGCAGCGGUUCGGGGCUCAAACCGCAGGUCCAACGCCGAGCCGGAGGAGGUUCUAGUUUGCAGCUCCAACUCAUCUUUCCGGAGAAAAUCCAGUUUCCUUAGAAACAAAACCAAGUCCCGAUUACUUGACCCGCCGGAGAACAAUCAGAAAUCCCUGAAUCAGAGAACCGCAAAAUCUCAGGUUUUAGGGAAAGGAAGUGAAAUCGAUGAAGACGACCCGUUUCUAGAUGAAGAUUUGCCUGAGGAUUACAAGAAAAUGAAGUUCAGUGCACUUUCGAUUCUUCAAUUGGUGAGCUUGAUUCUGAUUAUCGCGGCUUUAGUUUGUAGUUUAAUUAUUAAUCCGUUAAAGAAGAAGACUAUUUUCGCAUUGGAAUUAUGGAAAUGGGAAUUGAUGGUUUUGGUUUUGAUUUCUGGGAGAUUGGUUUCCGGGUGGGGUAUUAGGAUUGUUGUGUUCUUCUUUGAGAGGAACUUUUUGUUGCGGAAACGGGUGUUGUAUUUCGUUUACGGCUUGAGAAAUCCAGUGCAGAAUUGUGUAUGGUUGGCUCUUGUUUUGAUUGCUUGGCAAUGCAUUUUUGAUAAGAAGGUUGAGAGAAUUACAAAAGGGAAUGUUUUGCCUUACGUGACUAAGAUUUGGGUAUGUCUCUUGGUUGGGACAUUGAUUUGGUUGUUCAAGACCUUGCUAGUUAAGGUUUUAGCAUCCUCGUUUCAUGUCAGCACAUUUUUUGAUCGGAUUCAAGAAUCUUUGUUUAAUCAGUAUGUCAUUGAGACACUGUCUGGUCCACCAUUGAUUGAGAUUCAACACGAGCAAGAAGAGGAGGAGAAGGUGAUAGCCGAGGUUCAGAAGCUUCAGAGUGCUGGGGUGAAUAUCCCAGCUGACCUCAAGGCAAAUGUGUUUCCAAAGAGUGGGAAAGUGUUUGGGACGCCCCGGAAGAGUCCCAUGGCUACGGGUGCAAAGACUCCUGUGUUUUCUCGGAUAAUGUCGAAGAAGGAAGAGGAGGCUGGUAUUACGAUUGAUCAUUUGCAUAGGCUGAAUCAGAAGAAUAUUUCAGCUUGGAAUAUGAAGAGAUUGAUUAAUAUUGUUCGGAAAGGCGCGCUUUCUACCCUGGAUGAGAAAUUACAGGGCUCAACUGAUGAGGAUGAGUCGGCAGUGGAGAUCACUAGUGAAAAAGAGGCAAAAACUGCAGCCAGGAAGAUCUUCAACAACGUUGCCCGGCCUGGAUCGAAAUUCAUUUACCAGGAGGAUUUGAUGCGCUUUAUGAGAGAGGAUGAGGUUUUGAAGGCCAUGCGCCUCUUUGAAGGAGCAAACGAAAACAAGGGGAUAAGCAAACGAGCUCUUAAAAAUUGGGUGGUCAAUGCAUUUAGAGAAAGGCGAGCCCUAGCUCUGUCUUUGAACGACACGAAAACUGCCGUCAACAAACUGCACCAUAUACUGAAUGUCCUCGUGGGAACGGUCAUAGUCAUCAUUUGGCUCCUUAUACUUAAAGUUGCAACCACACAUUUCUUUAUCUUCUUAAGCUCUCAGCUUCUUUUGGUUGUGUUCAUGUUCGGGAACACAUGUAAGACAACGUUUGAGGCUAUUAUCUUCUUAUUUGUGAUGCACCCAUUUGAUGUGGGUGAUCGUGUUGAAAUUGAUGGAGUUCAGAUGGUAGUUGAAGAGAUGAACAUAUUGACUACGGUUUUUUUGAGUCCAGAUAUGGGGGAUGCAAUUGAUUUUGUUAUCCACGUUUCAACUCCAGGGGAAAAGAUUGCACUGAUGAAGGAGAGAAUAACAAGAUAUAUUGAAAACAGGAGUGAUCACUGGUAUCCGGCUCCACUGGUAGUCAUAAGAGACGUGGAGGACAUGAACAGGCUGAAAUGGUCGGUGUGGCCUAAUCACACGAUAAAUCAUCAGGAUAUGGGUGAGAGGUGGUUAAGGAGAGCUCUUCUGGUCGAGGAGAUGGUCAAAAUUUUCCGUGAGCUUGAUAUUGAAUACCGUUUGCUGCCUCAUGACGUGAAUGUACGCAACAUGCCACCUUUAACUUCGACCAGGCUUCCGUCUACUUGGACUGCAUGUGCUCCUUGA